AUGAAAACACUUGAAAAUAUUUGGAUUACUUGGAUAACAUAGUAACAGACUGGAUAAAGCUAGAAUGAAGAAACGAAUAAAAAAAAUGAUCCUAUUGAUGUGGAAUGCACAGAAGAAACUAAUACAGUUGACAAGAACACUCUACUGAAAAAGUUUUUUGAUACACUGAAAUCGAGAAUAAUUGAUGAUAAAAUAUAUAGUACUUUUACAUAAACUUAAACAACCUAAUUUUUUGAAGAAGUCACUACUCAAAUAUAAAACAAAAUAAAACUCUAUGAAGACAUAUAGAAACUAAAAUUAUUAUCCAACUACCCAAUUAACUCUAAAAGGACCUACUCUAAAUAAGCUAAUAUGAUACUAAAAAAAUGGUUAAUUGAAAACUACAAUAAUCCAUAUCCAAAGCAAUAAUAAGUUGAAUAAUUAGUUCAAUUAACAAGUCUCUCUAACAAAUAAGUCUUAAACUGGUUCAUUAAUGCCAGGAAUAGUCUUAAAAGUAAAUCCUCUUAGCAAAAGAAGUUCAAAAAGGUCGUCGAGACUAAAUUUAAGGAGCUUGCUAUCUUAAAAAAAAAGAAAUACGAAUAAAUUAUUUGA